ACCACCCUGGGCCCCCUGUUCCGGAAUUCCCGGAUGGUUCAGUUCCACUUCACCAACAAGGACCUGGAGUCGCUCAAGGGGCUCUACAGGAUCAUGGGAAACGGCUUCGCGGGCUGUGUGCACUUCCCCCACACGGCCCCGUGCGAGGUCCGGGUCCUGAUGCUCCUCUACUCGUCCAAGAAGAAGAUUUUCAUGGGGCUCAUCCCCUACGACCAGAGCGGCUUCGUCAACGGCAUCCGCCAGGUCAUCACCAACCACAAGCAGGUGCAGCAGCACAAGAUGGACCAGCAGAGAGGGGUGAGACCCCCCAAAAACCCU